CGAGUAAGAAGCAUAAGCAUUAUUCCCAAAAGUAAACGGCCCAAUCUUGUGAAGACACACACGAUUGAUGAGCCCAAAUCAAAAUCGAAUGUUGUUAGCUAACAGAUGUUGUAACAAAACGAAGUUGUCGAGGGAGUGACGAGAAAAAAGAAGCAUUCAAUUUCAGGUCCCUUCCCUAUUUCUGAGUUCAGAAUUGAAACCAAGAUUUUGGAUACCAAAUCUCUCACUCUUCUCUGGCCAAUGACUACAAUUCAGAGUAAAGCAACAAAGGAAACUGCCACAAUUCAGAAAUCAGCUUCCUCGUUUAAAAGAUUGGGCAGAAAAGGCCCAUUUGUCAGAUAUGGCCUUCCUAUGAUCUCUCUUACUGUUCUUGGUGCUCUUGGCCUUGGCCAUCUCUUGCAAGGCAGUAAGGAUAUUGCAAAGGUGAAAGAUGAUCAGGAAUGGGAAAUAAUUGAAACAAAAAAAGCACUGUCUAGAACAGGACCAGUCGAUGCAUACAAGCCAAAAAAGAUUUCAUUGGAGGAUGAGCUAAAGGCUUUACAACAAAAGGUGGACAUUAACGACUAUGAGUACCAGAAAAUUCCUAAACCAAAUGAGGGCAACUAGGAUUGGCGGAAAUUCCAUGAAGCCAGCAACUAAAUAUGAAUCGUGAUCUCUGAUAAGUCUUUGCUGCAAUGGGCCAACUAGGAUUUGCCUUUUUAUUUUAUUUUUGGUACAAGUUCAUUGCUGGGUUUUUUGGUGCAUAGUUCCUUUGUAUACGUUAAGUUGCAAAACCUAAACUUGAGGUAGAAAGGGUUUUAGUGGAGUCUUUAAUACCUAAAUAUCUAGAUACACGUUGGUUUGUAACUAAAUGUACUAUGUCUUAUGUAAACAACCCUCUGUCUAGUUACAGAUUGUUCUACUUGAUGAGCA